AUGCUUCUCGCCAAAAAGUACAUGCUGUGCAACAUGGCGAUCACUGAGAUCCUUCACCUCUUCAAGAACCCACUGCUGCGCACUGCGGACCUGGAGGGAUGGUUGACGCAUCGGGAUCUCGAGAAGUUUGAGAGCUUGGUGUAUUUGCCGGAGGAGAACCGAUGGGAGACGGUGGAAAUCGAGGUAGCCCACGAGAUCGGCUCAGUGACCUUCCGAUACCGCCCUAUCAUUGCGGCGGCCGUCAAGCCACUCGGCUUUGUGCUCGCGCUCAUCAUCUUCAGCGACGCAACGAACCUGACAGCGAAUGGACGGCAAACGGCUCAUCCGUUUGUGGUGUCGUUUGCAAACAUUCCAGAGGCCGAGAGAUGGAAAUCGGGAGGGACGGAGGUGGUUGCGCUCUUUCCGCCGUUGCCAUCCGACAUGGCGGCAGAGGAGAAGAUGCGCGUUUUCCAGGAGGCACUGCGGAUUGUGUUCGGGCCAGUCAUCGCACUCUCUUCGCCAGAGAGGGGCAACAUCUACCGCGCUGUGCCACUCGACAUCAUGCAUGUGGUGGACAAGGGAUUCUGGCUGCAUUCUAUGAAGUCCCUUCUCGCGUCGCUCACCCCCACUGAGCGAGCGAUGCUUCUAGGAGUUGUUGACGCUCAUGUGCUGGCGUACCCCUACCAGCGGUCCGAGUGGCGCCUUGUGAAGGUCCACUUGCUGUCCCACCUAUCCACCACGAUUCGGGACAGGGGCAUGUCGCUGCAGUACUCGAUGAAUCAAUACGAGCACUCGCACAAGACCACCGCGAAGCGCCCGGCCCGUGGCGGCAACUAG